AUGCCUCGACGACCACCAGCCUCACCACCAUCACCCCCUCCCCCCCCAGCAGCCGCCGCAAAAGCAUCCUCAACCCUCCCACCCCCCUUCAUAACAAUCAUAAUCCUCACAACCCGCAAACCCUCCAUCUCCCCCUCCACAUUCCGCUCCUCCUACGACUCCUUCGUCGACCUCCUAAAGACCCUACUCGGCGACACCUUCCCCCUCUCCCACCGGCGCUCCUUCAUCGCGCACCCCGAAUCCCGCCCCGGGGUGGCAAUGCCACCCCCCUGGCUGGCCCCUCCCCUCCGCGACCCCUCCCGCCCGACGCAGCAAGACGUCGCGGCAAUGGAAACCGGCUUCGACUGCGUCGCGGAAAUGACGUUCGCCGACAUGGCGGCGUAUGAGCGGUUCUCGGCGCGGAACCAGGAGCCCGAGGUUGUGGGGCGGCUGGCGGAUGUGGUCGAGGGGUUUUUGGAUCGCGCUAAGGUGAUGAUGGCGUUUGUGGGGGAUGUGGAGGAGACGCAUGCGGAGAGGAGGGGGAGUUGUCCGUGGGAGCACGAGGGGAGGGAGGGGGAGGAAAGGGAGAAGGAGGGUUGA